UUCAAAAUGGCCGCGAAACAUGUUGACGCGACGUAGAAAAACAGGCGAAAGAAAACAUCAAAGCGGCGUCUUUGUCGGCUAACUAUAACACCAGAUGGCUUUAGAUCGUGUUGUAGCUUUGGUAGAUAUGGACUGCUUCUAUGUUCAAGUCGAACAAAGACGAAAUCCGGAUUUGCGAGGGAAACCUUGCGCUGUAGUUCAGUACAAAACAUGGAAAGGUGGAGGUAUUAUAGCUGUGAGCUACGAGGCGCGUCAUUUUGGAGUGACAAGAAACAUGCGUGGAGAUGAGGCCAAAGAGAAGUGUCCAGAGAUAAAUUUGGUGCGAGUCCAAGAGGCACGUGGGAAAGCCGACUUGACACAUUAUCGGGAGGCAGGGGCAGAGGUGAUUGCAGUGCUUUCUCGCUUCUGUGACAGCUGUGAGAGGGCAAGCGUGGAUGAAGCAUAUCUAGACUUGACAGAACGUGUUAAAAUGAGAAUGCUCACCAUGGGCCUUGACGAGAUUGCUAAAAAGUCUGCAGAAUCAACAUUUCUUGAAGGUUUCACAGCAGAUGACAAGGAAGAUAAAGAUGUGGAUACUGAUGCUUGGAGAGCUUCUCUUGAAAGCGAUGAGAAUGUUAGGAGGCUCGCAGUUGGUGCAAUUAUUGUAUCAGAAAUGAGGGAAGCUGUGCUGCGGGAGACACAAUUUACAUGCUCCGCAGGGAUUGCUCAUAAUAAAGUGCUGGCAAAGUUAUGUGAAGGACGUCACAAACCAAACAAACAGACUCUUCUGCCCCAGAGGGCAGUGCCAAAACUGUAUGAGAAAAUUCCCAUUAAGAAAGUCCGCAACAUGGGAGGAAAACUUGGCAUGGAAGUGUGCUCAAAUUUACAUGCAGAAAAGAUGAGUGAUUUGGCCAAAUACUCCCUUGGUGAGUUACAAGGUCGUUUUGGAGACAAGACUGGGGAGUGGCUGCAUGAAAUAAGUCAUGGAAUAGACCACGAACCCGUUAGACCUCGCCAGCUAUCAAAGUCUAUAGGCUGCGGCAAGAACUUCCCUGGAAAAGGGAAGCUUGCAACAGGAGAGCAGGUUAAAUACUGGUUAGAUCAGCUGGCUGGUGAAAUCCAUGAACGUCUCACGAAAGAAUCAGAACUGAACAAUCGGGAGGCAAGGGUGUUGGGUGUUGGCUUCAAAACUGAGAUUAACUCAUCUUUUACUCGUUCUUGCCACCUGAAAAAUUCAACAGCCGAACAAAUUGCAAAGGAUCUUUAUAAUUUACUGUUGCCAUUCAACUCCAUAAAGGAUAAUAAAACGGAUACAUGGUAUCCAGCCAUUGUCUGCCUGAACGUCUCAGCCAGCAAAUUUGAAGAAAUAACUAAUCAUAAUUGCACGCCGUCCAUAAGCUCCUUUUUCACCAAGAAAAACAAGUUGGAAAAAGUGGAAAAUUUGUCGGACAACUUCGUGUCAGAAAACGUGGAAGAUGGGUGUUCAUCUAGUUUUAAUUUAGAAGGAAAUAAAGGAAUUGGUAGAACUUCUGUUUCUGGCAGUGUGGUUAACCAGAAUCUGCACGAAGAAAACUCAUGUGACGGAGUUCAGAGAUACGACAAUAAAGAAUGCAGAGAUAAUGAGAAAAAAGUACUUGAAUCGAAGCAUAGUGUUGGAACUCUAUCGAAAAAGAAAGGCAUAGAAGCGUUUUUAUCGGGAAUGGUUAUAUCUGAAGAAAAGCGGCAACAUAAUGAGGGACGACCUUGCAAUCCCUACCAGGGCUGCAAAAUCGAUUCCUCGGUAUUAGAAAGUUUACCACAAGAAAUUCGGCAAGAGAUUGAACAAUCGCUGGGGAGACCCAAUCAGGAAGGUGAAAAGAAGAGAAGAAAGCCUUCACUUUUUGGUUCAAGGGUGUCCCCGGAUGAAGCACAAGGAAGAGAGACAUCGACGAGUGUUGCGAUAGGUGGUGGGUCGGCCAUUGGUAAAACUCGCGUGAAUCUUUGUAACCAAGUAGACUGGGACGAGACAGAUUUGCGCAAAUGCGAGAAAUGCGGGGAAACGUUUCCCGGCUGCGUCAUGCCGGAACAUUUAGACUAUCACUUCGCGCUGGAAUUGCAAGAAGGAGAAAACAAGUCUACCGUGACAUCGAAAUCGGGGAGCUCAACAAACGAGCCUCCGAAGAAAAAGCAACGCACCACAAUUCAGUCUUUUUUUACGUCUAAGUGAGCGCUCUCUCUCUCCAUAGAUUUGUGUCACUGUUUGUCUAGUGUACUUCGUAGGCAUGGUUUAGUCUUGUCACACAAUGAGCGUUGCGUGACGAUACUAAGCAUUUUCUGCGAAGGGGACUGCUAAAAGAUUGACCCUAAUAAGCUUAAAUGUUUGAGGCUUAUCUUGUGCUAUCUGUUUUAAUGUUCACUAUGGUUGACCCUCUUUGUUUUAUAUUUCCUACCUCUGUGGUGUUUUUCUAUAGUAGCUGACCAGUAUUUCUAGUUUUGUUUGUUUUCUUUUGUUUAAUUGGAUUAUUUAUUGACGAUUAAACUAGAACCCAAGUUAUCACGAAGUAACUCUGCAGUGAACGAAAGGAAA